AUGCAGGUGCAGCUGUAUGAGACCUACCAGAACAGCCAGCGUGCCUACUUGAUACCGGAGCUGGCAGCUCAUGGCUACCUGCUGGAGCAUAUCAAGUGCCCGACCACCAGUCUCCAGGCCUGAUGGCUGUUAUGGCAGCUGGUCUGGGCUGUGACCCACUGCCACAACCUGGGCAUUGUACACUGGGACCUACAGUGUGAGCCCACCCUGCUGGAUGACCAGGGCUUUCUAAAGCUGAUUUGUGAGCUUGCCAUCCCCACCCUGCCUGACUCGACCCAAGCCUUCAACUUCUGCAGGAGACUCCUACCUGCCCGUUCCAGCCGGGCACCCAGCCUCUACCCUGGCCUGCCCCACUUCUGCUACCGCCUUGCCCACAGCCACACCUGCAGUCAUACACACAGUGCUCCCCAUCUACCCAACAACCACCUGCCUGGAUCCCACCCAUCACACCCCAGCCUCUCACACACAGUCCUGCCCUCUCUGCAGACUUCAGCUUCGCCAACCAGUCAGGGCUCAAGAACUCACUGCUGGGCAUCUUGUUCCGUGGUCUACACAACCCUCAAGACCCUCAUGAGCAAGAAGUGUAGUGGGGUGCAGGCAGACCUGUGCAGCCUAGGUGUUCUCCAUGCCACGGUGACCGGAAAGCUGCCCAUCAAGGAACACCAGCACCACCACGCUGCCCCUGAGGCACCAGGGCUCCACCUGCUGGCUAGGCCGACCCUCAGGUGCUGCCAUCCUGUGUCUUUCCCAAGCCCUAUCUGCAGUCUGGAGCGGGCAGCGAGAGACCUGAGCACAGGAGCAGGGUCAUGUUGCGUGGCAGAGGAGCAGCAGGAGGAGACCGCCCUGGCAUCCACCCCCACCCAGACUGGGGACCAGCCUGAGCACUGCACUGAGCUGGGAUGGGGGAGUCUGACUCAGACCCAUGGCCCACGCCCACCGUCAGCAUUGAGGGCAGUGGCAAGCACAGGCUGGGGGCACAAGAGGGCAGAUGACUGGAGGCCAAAGUCACGAGCCCUUGCCCAGUGUCAGGACCUGAUCCAGGGCUGGCUGCAGUUGCACCAUGCACGCCUGGGCCUGCAGCAGGUGGCCCCACACUGCUGCAUGCUACGCAUGCACACACAUGCACCUAGCUAGGUGGGGCGGGGCCCCAGUCGGCAGGUGGGCUCCUGACACCCAACUGUGUUUGGUUGCAGAGACCAGGAAGUCCCAGCCCCCAGUGCCCCCGGAUGACGUGGAGCUGGGCACAGACUCAGAGCCCCCAAGCCUGCUCCUGCAGCACCCCAGAAGCAGGGCGCCCUGCCAAGAGUGACUCUGCUGCAGCACAUGAGUUCCCAGAGGCCUGCUCAAGAGGAGGUGCAGGCUCUGCCAGGCAGGGGGUCCUGAGCACAAGAGCAGCCCGUCCAGAGACCGAUGCCUCCAGGCAGCCACUGUGGCUG